CUGGUGUAGGUGGAGAUGAUCAGGAACCCAGCUCUGCGUAAUGUGCCUUUGGGUAUUCAACAGAAGUAUAAUGUAGUCACCUGUAACUACGUUGCGAGGGAGCAAGGUGUGACCAAGGUGAUGUCGGUGGUGGAUGCUCAGGAGAAAUGCCCUCAGCUUGUGCUGGUUAAAGGAGAGGACCUGACACACUACCGGGAAAUGUCCUACCAAGUCACGGCCGGUGUCUCACUGAAACCAGGAAAUUAUGAAACCAGCUUAUUGUCUAAUUGGAUUGAGACUAACCCUGGACCCCACCGGAGGCUGGUGGUCGGCUUUCACAUCGCGGCGGAGCUCAGAACAGCCAUCUGCAGCAAGUUGGGCCUCGACGUCUGUGCAUGGGUCGCCACCAAUAAGCUGCUAGCCAAACUUGUGUCUGGGUCCUUCAAACCGAACCAGCAGACCACACUGCUGCCCCAAGACGUUGACCACAUCAUGGGCCACCUCGGCGGCCUUCAUAGAGUUCCCGGGGUGGGACAUCAGACCAGUAAGUGGCUCCAAGCCCUUGGAUUGGUGACUGUGCAGGACCUGCAGCUCUUCCCAUUGGCCGGCCUGGUGAAGGAGUAUGGAGUCCCAACUGGCCAGCGCCUGAAGAACCUGUCUCUGGGCGUCGAUGACUCCCCCGUCGUGCCCACAGGAGCCCCCAAGUCUCUUAGCGAUGAAGACUCGUUCAAGAAGAUCUCCACCACUAGAGAAGUUGCAGAAAAGACCCAAGAGCUGCUCACCAGUCUGGUUGAGAGAAUGCAGAAAGACGGCCGGCCGCCCCAGACCUUCAGGCUGACCAUCCCGAGGUACUCUGCAGAGAACAAGUGGUUCAGCAGGGAGAGCCGCCAGUGUCCCGUCCCCCACCACCUCGGACACAAGGUGGUCUCAGGCAGCACUGAUGCUAAUGUGCAUCUGGUUACCUUGGCGAUGAAGCUCUUCAAUAAGAUGGUGGACGGCAGCACGGCGUUCCACCUCACACUGCUCAACGUCUGUUUCACCAACCUGCCUCCGGCGCGGGGGACCUCGAGCCAGGGGGCCAUCACGUCGUUCUUCACACUGGGCAGCUCCCCACAAAGCAGUCCGACUCCCUCCCGAACUCACGUACCUCACUCCCACUCACCUCAUCUCUUUAAAUCAAUUCAAACUUUAUUAGUAAGACGCUUGUUCACUUCAUUUAAUACGGGUCCCAGGAAGUGGAGAAUAACCCCGAGUGUGAAGACUGAGCAGGAUUUCCAAAUGAAGACACUAGCAGAGAGCACAACGGGUUCCGAGGCAGAUCAACCCGCAUCAGCAGCAAUAAAGACCCCAGUUGUUUCUCCGGAUAUUAGUGAUCACCACGGAGCUACCCGCAGCACACAGGCACCGUCUGAAGACUAUUGGACGACUGCAGGCAGGGCACAUAAACUGCCCCCUAAUGUUGACACGGAUGUAUUCAGGGAACUCCCUGAGGACAUCCAGAAGGAGCUGCUAUCACCUGCCUUCACCCGUACCCACCCCACCUCCUCCGCCUCGGCCACCAGUCGGCCAGUCCCCACCCCCCUACCCCUCUACUAUGGUCCUGACCGAGACCCUGCCUCCCAGUCCCAGCCUCCCCUCCGUUCUUCCGGUGACUCCCAUCCACUCCCCAUUAGGGUGGGGUCCUACCUCUGUUCAUCUGACGCACUGUCAACCACCACAGAGGUUAGCCGGACCCCACCGGGCCGGACCAGGAGAACCCCCCGCGGGAGACCCCCAGAGGGCUGGGGGACAGGCCUCUAGCAAAUACAAGAAGGCUGCGGUUAAAGGCGGUAGGCAGAACGACUUGGACAAGUAUUUUAAGGCCAGCUAGGCUUUCUGCCUUGUUCCUCCCUAUGUGGCCCAAGACUCUUUGAUUGUUCAUAAGAAAUGUUAAUUUUAUCAAAGGAUUUUUUUUUUGUUAUUUUGGCAAUAAAAGUUAUGGUUUCUUCGAGA